AUGGCGAGGAAAUGCUCCGCCCAAGGGCUGAAGGAAAGCAAACAAGCGCAAUUCCUCCCUGUGAGCCAGGCAUAUCUGAAGGAGCAAUCAAAGCGUCAGGACCAAGCCGAGGAAAUCUGUCCAGAGGUCUUUCCUAAUGAAGGAUGGAAACCCGAGGAAGACGUCGAGUUAAUACCCUUGGAUCCUGACCAGCCAGACAAAAAAGUGCGGAUCAGCUCGCGCCUAAGCCCAGACGAGAAGGUGGAGCUUACCACCUUCCUCAAGAACAACAAAGAUAUGUUCCCAUGGUCGUCGUCAAACAUGCCUGCAGAAGAGACGCAACUUCGCACCCGAGCGACUGCCGGCUUCAUCAAAGAGGUCUCCUACUCAGAGUGGCUUGCCAACAUUGUUUUGGUGGCAAAACAAGAGAAGGGAAAGUGGAGAGUCUGCAUCGAUUACACAGACCUCAACAAAGCAUGCCCAAAGGACAACUUCCAAUUGCCGAUAAUCGACCAACUCAUGGAUUCCACUUCUGGCAAUCAGCUGCUCAACUUCAUGGACGCUUAUUCCGGCUAUAACCAAAUCUUGAUGCACGAGAGAGGGACCUACUACUAG